GCGCUGCUUAUCCGUCGACACAAUGUUACACACGUCCGGAAUUUUGAUCAUUCUUUGUGUAACGAAACGAUCAUCGGUCAUGUUUACUCCUACGGUGUGUCUCAAAUAACAAACGUCGCUGGUGGCUCCGAUAGCUUUCAAAGACACCGUCAACUUCCAAACUCUCUCGAUCAAGCUGAUCGUGGAGAGAUCGGCACGUGGUCGGAGGACGUCGAUGGCGUACACAAGGCUCCUCAUGUUGUCCUGCUCGCCGUGUAUAUACAGUAGUUUACCGCCCUCGACCUAUACCCAUUCAGCCCUCUGAAUUCUGUAUUCACUCGCUGAAUCCUUCCGUCCUACCUAUAAUUUCUAUACUGGAAGUAUGCUUUCUGCCGCUAGGUGGUCAUCCAUUGCUCGCUCAAGGGCACCCGCCAGCUUGAACGGACACCUCGUAGCGCGUCGCGUUGGACGUGUUCGACUUGUUCAACGAUACCAGUCAACGGCAUCGGGGGGAUCCAGCAAUGCCUCAGGUAGCGUUGUUACACAUGCCGCUGCCGGUGUUGCAGGUGGUAUGGUAGUCCUCGGCGCAAUCUAUUCAUACUACCAUUUCUCGGGUGCCAAGAAAGCGGUAGAAUCUGCCAAGUCUGCCCACCAGUAUUUCCAACAAACGACCCAGUCUAUUAAGGAGAAAGCUCCCAAGAACCCGAACGAAGUUAUUGAGUUUAUUCGUAGAGUCGCAAAGUCACAACUUGGACUUAUACCCGGCGCAUCUUCUUAUGUUGACUCCACUCUUGAUACGCUUGACGACCUUCGCGAAACACAUGGCGACGACGUCAACAGCAUCCUUACCGAUACCUACAAUGAAAUCCAGGAUAUCUUACAAGGUAAGGAUAGCGGUGCAGACUUGCAGACUGGUAUGAAGAUCAUUAUCGUCGUGAAGCAACGCAUGGGUGAACUCAAUGAGGUUGCAAGAAAGGCUGGGAAAGAUGCGUGGGGCAAGUUCGAGGAGAAGAACCCGCAGAUGGCGCAAGUUCUGGGCUCGAGAUAUUACGAGUUAAGGGAAAUGGCGGGUAGGAGUGGCCCAGAAACGAAGAAAAUAUUCGAAGAGACUUCGCAGGAGGUGAAGGAUAUUCUGUCAAAGGGUUCAACACCAGAUGCUAUUAAGCAAGCCCAAUCUCUCGUCAAAGAUAAAUCCUCCCAAAUCCAUGAUCUCGCUCAGAAGACAUCCCAAAAGACAUGGGAUAAGGCAGUUCAACAAGCCGGACCCUACUUGGAGAAACUGCCCGAGAUCAAACAACUCGUCUCCGAGAACGCUUCGAAGUUCGUCGCAGCUGGUGCCGCUAGGGUAGGCAGCUCGAAGAGUGAGGGUGAGGAGGUACUAUCGAAGAUCAAGGAAGUUGCAGACAAGGCCGGUAAGGAGGGGCUCCUAAGGGAUAAGCAGAAAGUCGAGGAUUUGAAACAGUUCAUCAAGACGAAGGCCCAGGAGGCGGAGCAGAAGGUGAAUGACCAGUUUGCCGUAAGCUGGGAAGGCCUGCAGGAGUGGGUUAAGAGUGUGCCAGGGGGCGAAGAGGUAAGUCUCUAUUUGUUUCUCUGCAUCUUGCUUCAUCGAGCUGACCAUUCUAUGCGCUACUUAGACACCAGAAAAACUUCCGGACAUCCAAGCCUUUGUUGAGCUUUCGCAAAAGCGCAGCGAAGACGCGACAAAUCUGGCGAAGGAGACUUACGAUGAAAUCUUCCGAGUCUUGCAAGACAAGAGUCGUAAGGCGAAGAAGAUCGCUGAAGAUGCCAAAGAGGAGGCGGAGAAAUCUGCGUGAUUUGGCCCUUAUGAUUGGACUUCACGGGCUUUCCUGUGUAUGCGUGUGUAGAAAGCAUUGUAUUUGUAGAUAUUCACCACUCCAACAUUGUAUACCGUAGAAAUUCGAUAUCCACCACUCCAACAUUGUAUACCAUAGAAAAUCGAUGUACUAUCAUCGCACUGAGUCUGUAGGAGUUUGCGCGGCGUCCAUUUCUGUUUAGCCUACGCGAUUACUCGACCCUGUAUCUCCCACUGGCACUCUGUCGUUUCUAUAACUUAGAUCCUUUAGUUUGUGCCAAUCAUCGACUUUCCAUCAUAAGAAAUGCAUGCUCCAGGUACCAACAUUCAAUGAUAAUGAUAUUCAGCCCU